CGGUUGCGCAUCGGAACAUCAUUGCAUACGCAGCAAUGCAAUUGUCGUGGCUUUCCAGCAUGAUCCUUACGGUUCUUGCCGUAUUCCAUGCUGUCGGUACCGUUAACGCAAAAGCGACCUGUGGCACUGACGGGGAGGUCAUCAGCAACGACACGUUCGUCUACAACGAUAAAACAUACAGGAUGGUCACACGGACCUGCCCUGGGAUUGCUGCACGGCGUUCGCUCGAGUCUCGUUCCCGACUGAUCCGGCCACGCCAGUACGACAUUUGCAGCUAUGACGCUUCCAUAGAAUGCGCAGAUCUGACUUCGGAUCUGUCGGUAGCCAGUUGCAUUGAUUUAGCCGAUGCUCUGGAGGAUCAGGGAAGCGCGAACUUCGCUUUGCAAUCUGAGACAUCCAUUACGUUCUACACUGACUACGGAGACUGUAACUACGAGAUUGUGAACUACUCGGAAGAUGAUCUCGCCGUCUGUUACUAUAUAGUGGGUGAGCUCGGCCUCACGAUUGACGAUGAUUGCGGGCAAAUUGGUGGAGGGUAUGGAUAUGAUGACAGCGACUUGUGGUAUUUGGAGGUUUACUAAGCGAGGAAGUCUGCACACGAGUACACUGAGCCCGUCACAGGCUGUUAUGUCGAUAUUGUUUUUCUCCUGCAACAUACCGUUGAGCAUGUGUGCUAUCAUGCUUUCCGUGUGCUUGGAGGCCCGCCUUCUGUCGUGAUGCUACUGCUUUGAUGCAAUUCUCGUCGCCCUCGAUGUACAAUACUUGUAGACAGCUGUUGAUGUCGAGACAUCAACGUCCCCUCAUAAAACCGUUGGAUUCCUUGACGAGAAACUCGC